AUGGAUGCAUUAAUAGUGGAUGAACGAAUUAGGAUAUAUGCCUUAUUGCCAAUAUUUAUAAUUGUAGUUUUAGUUUGUAUAAUAAAAAGUAAUUUAGCACAAAUGGUUCGACCUACCAUGAAAACGGAUAUUGAGAAAUUAAGACAGAACAAUUUCUUAACAAGGUAUACCCAGCUGAAAACUAAUUACGGGUUUAUCAGUCCGGUGGCUUUUCUAAGUCGAAAGUAUUUUUUCAACAAACCGCAAGUUGGUUUCUUCAACGAUUUGCCAGAACAGGCUAAUCCUUUUGAUGCACUUUUAAAACAAGACCCUUCGGACUUAUUUGGCAUGAUGAAAAAUCAAAUUCCCUUUUUAGUUUUACAGUUAGGGUUAGGGUUUUUAAUAAACCUUUUUUUCUCUGGGUUUUUAGUAGCAAAAAUACCAUUUCCGUUAACGUACAAAUUUAAGUCAACAUUACAGAUGGGAAUGGAUAUUGAGCUGCUUGAUAUGAAAUUUGUAUCUUCCCUGUCAUGGUAUUUUCUUGUUAUGUUUGGAUCGAACGGCAUAAUUAGUAUUAUUGAUUAUUUCGUUCUUCAAGAUAAGGAUGGAACACAAAACAACGCAAUGGAUAAUAUAAUGGCAGCCCAAAAUCCAUUAGCUAGACAGCCGCCAAACAUAAACAGCAACGUACCUGACUUAAAAACGUUUUAUGAAAAAAAAAAGGAAGAAUUAGAGAGUGUGAGGUAUAAGUUUUUACUGGACAAUAUAGAAUAUCAUCUUGUACAAAACUGGAAGUGA